CUGCUCUGAAAGCAGCGAGGAAGAGCGUUGCCCCUCUCACAUUCACUGCGUUGCUGUUGUGUUGUGAAACCUCCCCCCGGACUGAGCAGCUCCAGCAGCUGGCGGAGGGCGCAGCUGUGGCGCCUGUUCCGGAGCGCAGCAGCUGGAUGGCUGUGCGCCACGGCUCUCCUGCAGGGAACAUCCACGGAAUGGAGCGCGCCGGCCCGCAGAGCUGCAGCUCCGAUGGGACAUGCCGAGAAGCAAUACUAGAAUAACGUCUGCAGGGUUUUUUUAGUUGAGGAGGAAUCUCCAAAAAAAAAAAAAAAAAAAAAAAAUUGCUUCUUGGCGGGAAUGAAUGAGAUGAGAAAUACUUCUGAGGAGUUGUCUUCUCUCCCUUCAAGACCACUGAGUUUCUCCAAAGCUCCUGCAAAGAGCCGGUUUGUCAGGCUGGGGAGGAAGAGCAGUGAUGGUUCUCAGUCAGGAUUAUCCACCGGCAGCUCCUCCACCUGCAGGUCGGCCGAGGGAGCGGCCGUCAGACAGCCGAGCAAGAGUCGCAUCCGUCACCAUACCAACCGCCUCUCCGGUGUCUUCCACCGCGGCCCCGCCCCCAACUCCGGCUCCAUGGCACUGACGGCGGGUCUCCGGUCGUCGCGCUCUGUCCAAGUCAGGAAGGGAAGCAUGGUCCCUGCAGAAGUACUGCCAGAGGACGACCCAUUCGAGCUGUCCAAUCAGAUAACCGCCCCCGGGAUCCUGAAGAUCUUUGGCAAUGAAAUCUGCGAAGGUGCUCACUAUAAGAGCGUCCUGGCCACCAUGCACUCCAACGCCCAGGAGCUCGUCAAGGAGGCCCUCGAUCGGUAUGGCUUGAGGAAAGAGGAGUCCGAGUCCUAUGUGCUCUGUGACACCAUCGGCUCUAUUGACAACCACCAGUGGAGGACAGAAGGAUUCAGAGUUGUGGGCGACCACGAGAAACCUCUUCUCCUGCAGUCACUGUGGAAACCCCGAGAAGGUUUGGCGAGACGUUUCGAAAUCCAGAGGAAAAGUUCAAUAGAGGAGAAGACGUCCAAAGAGAAGGAUACCAUCACUGCUGGUAUCAACGCCCAGGCCCGAAAGCUGCAGAAGAGCCGAUCCAGGGUCACCUCGACCCUUGUGAAGAGGACUAUGGGUCGAAGCCAGAAGCUCUGGAGGAGCAAAAGUGAGAUGGAUCUCUUGGAUGGUGAGGCUCAAAGUGACACAGAGCACCGUGCCCGUGCCAAGGAUCUUCGCGAGAGCCUCCAUCACUACACAGCUCACAGCCAGGAGUCCCUCAGAACAGGCGCCCGACAGAUUGCCAGCCACAGCGCGGCGGCUCCCUCUGAGGGGGAUGGCGGGUCGGGGUCUAAAACAGAGACCCUCUGUCUGCCAAGGACGAGAGGCGAGCGGGAAGGAGAGGAGUCGGAGAGGGAGGAGACGGAGAGCAGUGACGACCACACCACACAGUACUCCAUUCACCCUCCUCACGACUGCCCGUACCUGCUGCUGCUACAGGGCUGGAGCCUCACUCAGGACUUUGUCGUCUACCUGCUGGCGGCCCCACACGUUGUUAUUGGCCAGCAGAGUGACUGUGAAGACAAGUCAAAUGUUGACAUCCUCCUCUUUGCUGAUGAUAUCCUUCCAAACCACUGCUUCCUCCACCGCCACAGCGCUGGCAGCCCCAUCACUCUCUCCCCUUGCAAAGAUGCUGCUGUUACGAGGAACGGCGAUGAUGUAAAAGAUGACGUGCAGCUGAGCUCUGGGGAUGUUGUCGGGCUGGGAAGGCAUUACUUUUUCCUUUUUAGGGAUCCCUUAGCUGUAAGGGACCAGAAAGUAAGUGGCGCUUCUUCCGAACCCAUCUUGUCUGCUGCUCCGUGGAGACUCUGUCUCAGCCCUCCUGGAGCAACAAGCAUCCACAGUACAGCAAUGAUACACUGCAUCAACUGCACCCCAAACUGCACUGACCUCCGGGGCUUAACCUGCAAGCAGUCUCUAAAGAAAGGUCCUCCAUUUUUAACAUCACCCAGAGGCCACACCCUGACUUUGAACUAUAAGGUUGAGGAUGAAGAUCUGAUCGUCAAGGAGAUUUUUGCUAUGGAAGUUAGGAGCAGCAUCACUGAUGGAGCGCCUCUGACUGUCUCCUUUCUGCUGAGCCUGUGUCUUCAGCACGCAUCUGCACAUCUUCACACUUCAGACCUCCGCAGGCUCCUGCUGUUGAGCGCAAGGGAAGUCCAAAAUGCCGUGUGGGAGUGCACCACAAAGCUAGCUGCUGUUUAUCCUGAAGUCAAGCGUUCAAACCCUAAAGACCUUGAAGUAUGCAGCCUGCAAGAAGUGAUUUCAGGACUGCGCCCCCUGGUGGCGUGGAUGGCCAACAGCCUUGAGCUGCUGCAGUUCAUUCGGCAUCAGCUGCCUCUUAUUCUGGAGUGGAGAAACCGUGAGAAGGGGCUGGAGGUGGAAGAAGACUGGGAAGAUGCUGAAAAUGAGGAAGUGGGGAACCCAGCCACGUUGGAGCUUCGUCUGUCCUGCGUUCGUUCAGCCAGAGAGGAGACUGUUGCUGUCCUGGAGGAAGUCAUCUUACUGGCCUUUCAGCAGUGUGUCUACUACAUCACUAAGUUCCUGUACCCGGUCCUGCCGAGCGUUCUGGACUCCAACCCUUUCAGGGAGAGUCCUGGGGAAUGUAGUCGCGGCCUGGGCGGCGGUGGACGCAUCCCGGUGGAGAUCCGGCAGGUGGUGGAGGUCCUGAACGAGAGCUGGAGGAUGUUUUUAGACUGUCAGGUCCACCCAGAGGUUUCCUCCCAGCUCGUUGGCUACCUCUUCUACUUCAUAAACGCAUCGCUCUUCAACUCACUCAUGGAGAGAGGCUCAGAACCAGGCUUCUACCAGUGGUCCAGAGGGGUCCGAAUGCGGGCCAAUCUUGACCUGGUUCUGGACUGGGCCCACGCAGCUGGACUUGGAGAACUGGCCUUGGAGCACACGCACACUCUCUCCUCUGCUAUCAACCUGCUGGCAUCACCGAGAAAGAAUUUACUGCAGACGCCAUGGGCAUCCCUGCGCUCCGACUACCCUGCUCUGAGUCCGGCCCAGCUGAACCACCUGCUGAGUUUGUACAGCCCGGCCUCAGCCUGCGCACAGACAUGGGCUCCGUCGGCACAGGAUCAAGCAGGAGCACAUAUAACAGCUGAUAUCCUGGAGAGUUUUGACACCCACCAUCCGCUGGAGCUUCCCGGCGAGGGUUACCAGCUUCAGCUCAGACGGCCAGUGACAGAUCCAGCUCUGAGGGAACAGCUGCACAAGCUCAAGGAGUUUAUUACCACACUGUCUGACUCCCAGAUGAAUCCUGAAGAUGCUAGGAAACACCAGGUUGUUGCCGUUAAGAUGGAAGCUGCUCAGGCUGACAAGCACCUCCUUCCAAUGGCCAGGUCAGAAGCCUGCAAUUCAUCAUCGGAUGACCUGUCUCUACCUCAGGUGUUCCCUCCAUCCCCCUCCUGUCUUUAUCAUGAGGAGCUCAGCACCGGUGAUGCACGUAUGGUAGCUCAACAGCUGACACAUCUGGAGCUGACAGAGACCCACGAGUUUAAGAAGUCAGCUCUGGACCCUGCCUGUCUGCUCACCCCUCCUAAAACGCCAAGCACAACAGAGCUGAAGACGGCUGACAGUGAAACAGUCCCCCCAUCCUUCUACCUGGACAGUGAAGGUGGCUUAGUAUCUGAAUGUCUGGCUGCACUGAAUACAGACCAUUUAAAAUCAGACUGCAGCAGUGGGACAGAGCUUUUGGAGCUUAAAGAGUUAGCAGAGGAGGCUGAAGAAGAGGAAGCAGAUGACAAUGAUGAAGUUUUCAGCUUGGAGCUGGAGCGAGGCGAAAGGGGACUCGGUCUUGCUCUGCUGGACACAACGAACACAUCCAUGAAGGUGAAGGGCAUCUUUAUCCGUGCGGUGGUGCCAGACUCCCCUGCAGGCAAGUGUGAGAAGCUGGGGCCUGGAGACAGGAUCCUGGCUGUGAAUGGAGUCAGCCUGCUUGGAUUGGAUUAUGAGAGCGGAAAGGAGCUGAUCCAGUCAUCAGGGGCCAGACUGAGGUUACUGGUGGCAAGAUCCCACUUCAUGGCUGCAGCCUUGCAGACUGAAUGCUGACUCUGCGCUUUUUAAAGGACUAUGGAACCACCAUCAGCUCCACAAGACUUUUAGGACAUGAACAGAAAUGCACUAUGAAAUGAGCUUUGGCUUUAGUUGUAUGUAAAUUAGCAGCUUUUGUGAUACUAGUUAUUGUCAAACAAUUGUUUUUACGUGAUGAUGUGUUCACUAAAUAAGGCUUUUGUUUCAAGAAUUUGCCUUAAAGGUUUUGUAAUUUAUUGAGAUAGAAGCCAGCCAAGAAUACAGCCCCCUGUUACAGAUGUUUAAAAAGCCUUCAAAUAAAUGUAUCUGUUGUUGCAGUAGAGAAAACUUAAAAUGUUUAAAAAGAAGGAAAAUCCAA